AGAGAUCCUCGGGUUCGCUCCCCCCCCUUCCUCUUCUGCACAUGCGGACCACCGACGCAAUCAGUCCUGUCUGCACUCUCCCUUCCCACGUCGCCACCCCGCUCUGCUUUCCACGUCAUGGUCAGAAUCAAGGCCUUGAAGUCGGGCGAAGCCGAAGCAUAUCUUCCGCCGAGCAGCACUGCGCUCUCGAAUCGCACCCGCGCGAGGACGCAGACCACAAACUCAUUCACCUCCAGCCGCUCCUUUCCGAACGGGCUCGGUGGAGGGCUGAGCGCGAACAGCAGCGUCAGCACCAGCGGCGGCAUGGCCAUGAACACGGGCAUGAACAUGAGCAUGAACAUGAGCACAAGCACGAGCACGAACAUGAACAUGAACAUGAGUACCGGUGCCGCUCCUGUCUCUGCAGCGAGCUCCGGCUCCAGCUUCCAUGGCUCGCUCUCCCUGGAGCGACGCGCCUCAUCCCAGGGCCGGCCCACCGACCACUCGCACUCGCCCAUGUCCUAUGGCCACGGCAACAAGACAGCGCUGAUCGAGCUCCAGGCGCUCGCGCGACUCCAUCCAGAGGUCCUCGGCAGCACGGCCAGCGAUCCUGACCUACUGCAGCAAAUGUAUGAUCUUGCUCUCGAUUGUGGCACCGAGGAGCUCUCCGAGGACGUCCGUGAGGCCCUCAACAACCUCUCAAAAGAGAAGAAGAUCCAGCUCAUCAAGCAGUUUGUCCAUUCAGACGCUGCGGCCUGCACAGCAUUCGCAUCUGACCAAGCCGAAAAGUCACCAAAGUACUAUGUGGACCUGCUCCACUCCCAGACUUCUUUGAUCCUGCUUAAGUUUGGAACAAACCGUGCGGGCCAGUUGAUGAGUCUCGUGGCCAACUGGAGCAUGAAUCCCUCGGGCUACCGGCUCCAGUCGAGUCUCAAAGACAUUCUGGCGGAUUUGAAGAUGCAGUGCACGUAUCGCUCUGUUGGCUGGUUGUUUGACUUUGUCGAACACGGCGGCAUCCAAGCCCUCGUCGAUCUCCUCGGUGCCUUUCACAAGAAAACCGAUCGCUGUCUGACUCAUGGCCACUGCCGCUUCUUCGUCAUCAGCAAGGCAAAGUACAUCGACAAUGAGCAUGAGGUCCUCAAGAUCCUCAAGCUGCUUGCCAACAACAAGCGAGGCAUCGAGGAGCUUCUAUCCAACCCACACAUCGCCAAGACGCUGAUACUCCCUCUCGACUCGCCCACGCUGCUUUCUCGGGUCUACACCACGGAUCUACUCCUGGCGAUUGUGACGCUCGAGUAUCCUCGUGGACACCAGAUGGUGAUGGGUGGGUUCGAGACUCUCCGCCAGUUCAGGGGCGACAAGCUCGUCUUCCAGCGCUUCGUGGCCAUGCUCGAAGAUAUAGUCAUGAGCCGCGGGCUCUGGGGAUCGAAUGUCGGGGCCAAGUUCGACGAGAUCGAGGGUCUAUCACUGUCGCUCGGUGACAAGCGCAAGGAGCAGCUCCAACGCGAAGUGAACGACUACCUGAUCUCAACCAUAUCGUUGAUCCGCUAUCUGGUCCAAGUGCCUCCUGAACUCGAGUACAGAGUGUACAUCCGCAGCCAGCUGCUGGCUGCCGGCUUCGGAAGAAUCACAAAGAAACUCCACACAUGGGCGGCGUCAGAAUUCUCGGGAAUCAUGCUGCAUCUGCAGGUCAUCCAGGAUCAAUUUUUGCUCGACCAAGACACUUUGUUUGACCAGUCCGUUGAGGGCCCGGAUCGAAGCAGUCCCGUUGCCGUUCUGAAGGAGAUAUCGGAGACUGUUGGUACCAAGGACCAGGAAACCCUCGAGUAUCUGCACAGCAUCAUGACAAGUCUGCUGGUAACAGCAAAAAUGACCGACGAGUCCAUCCGAUCGGAUUACUUUCGUAUCAUCGACAACGUGGUUUCCCAAGUCGUCCUGGACGGAUGCAGCUUUAGCCCAAGUUUCACUGAUACCUACAAGAUAUCCGUCCAGGAGUUGAUUGAGGGCUUUGCUGAGCUGAGGGAAAUGAACGCCGUCCGAUCAAAGCUGAAGGAGCUUGAAGAGCGCAAUGAAAGCGCAGAAGCCGAGCGACAGCGAUGGGUCAAAAAGACAGAUACGGAGUAUGCCAUUCAGAGCGCCUCGCUCAGAGAGGAGCUUCUGGACAAGGAGGCUACCGUCAAUACCUUGCUUAAAGCCAUUCACGAUCUAUCAGACAAGUACGAGAGAUUCGUUCUGAGCCACGAGAAGGCGCUCCAGCAAAUAUCGCAUGAGAUUGAGCAUUUCCAAGUCGAAUCGCCAAGCUUGAUUGAUUCUGGAUCGAGUUCCACUGUCUGUGUGUCCGAGCCCGCUGGUUCUGCCAACACCAGGGAAGCCAGUGUAUCUGCAUCGGUGGAUGCAGUGCAGACCGGUAUCUCAAGCGACACCGAUGCUUCCACCGCCCCAGGAAAUGGAGGCACCUUGCCACUGCCUCCCCCUCCUCCUCCUCCUGGAUUCAGCGGGACCUUUGCAGCCCUAGCCCCUGCCAUUCCACGACGAGUCCAGAAGUGCUUCCCAGCGAACGAUCUCAAGCGCCUGCAAUGGGAAAAGCUUCCCGAGAGCGCUGUAUCCAAAACGAUUUGGGCUCGGAAGUUGAAGCUGCAGACUCAAGUGCUUGCUUUGGCAGAUUCACUCGAGAAUACGAUGCAAGAGCUUGGGAUCUUCAGGGAUAUCGAACAAGAGUUUGCUGCCAAGGCAAAGGCCGCCAAGAAGGGCACCGUUUCUUCCAAUAAGGAGGUCAUGCUUGGCGCUGAGAGCACCGAAAUCUGUCUGAUCGAUGGAAAGCGCGCCCAAAACAUCAUGAUCAUGCUUGGCAGCCUCCGUCAGUUUUCCCCUGCGGAGCUCUGUCGAGCGAUCAACCAGUUCGACGAGACUCCCUUUACCGAGGCAGUCAUAAAGCAGUUCAUGUCAUUUGUGCCAACAGAAGACGAGAUCCAGUUGCUCAAGCCGUACGAGGGCACCGGAAAGCCCCUGAGGAAAUCCGAAGAGUUUUUGCUGGAGCUGAUGAAGGUGGAUUCCCUCGAGAUCAAAUUGCAGGCUAUGCGCCUGAAACUGACAUUCUCAGAGCGGUUCUCGAGUAGCUUCGAGGACUUGAGCACAGUCCUGAAGGCUCUGAAGGAGCUCCAUGAUGCAGAGCAAUUCCCGAAAGUGCUCGAGCUUAUUUUGACCAUAGGCAACUUCAUGAACAGCGGUAGCUUCAACGGCCAGAUUCACGGGUUCAAGAUCGCCAGUCUCGGGAAGCUGGUAGACACCAAGUCAGCAGACGGCAAGUCGACACUGCUCCAUUUUGUGGUCAAGAUCAUCGACCGUGACUUCAGGAGCCUUGCAAGCUUCUACGAGGAGCUUCCCUCUGUCACCGUAGCUGCACGAGUCUGUUACUCGACCACCAAGGAUGAUUUGGCCGACCUUCAACAGUCCCUUGAGUACAUUUCCCUCCGAUCCGGGUUCGAAACAGAGACGAAUGAAGCCGAUAGCAAAAUAGAAUCUUUCAUUUCACAAUGCCGCACCGAACUCGAUCGGGCACAGGAAUGCAUUGUUGAGCUCGAUAGAAGGUUUUCCGAGCUUACAGCGCUCUAUGGCGAAGACACCUCGAGGAUCAAGAUCGAAGACUUUUUGCAGAUCUUUGCCAGCUUUGUGUCGAGCUUCCAGAGCGCCCGCAACGAAAACCGAAAGGAAGCCGAGCGAAUCGAGACUGAACAGCGACAGAAGAAACGUCAGGAGGCAGGUGAACGAGAGCUUGCUCGCAAGGCCCGGCUACACUCGGGUCCCCAGUUUGUGCCCCAAGUCAAGAUCGAAGAUAUCGGCGAGUAUCCCGCGACAACCAGCGAGCUCGAUCCUGCCCAGGGCAAUCCCCGCGACGGCGAAGCGGCCGCGCCGCUCAAUGACUUUAUCGAGUCACUGAAGCGCGGCUCCAUCUUUGAAGAAUGCGGCAGCAAGCCGAGCCUUGGGGUCGCAUCUGGCCUGGCUGCCAAGCGUCUGCCAGUGUCCCGAAUGCAACACAGCUCCAAGAGACAAAGCUCCACAACCUCGAUCGUCGGCCUGAAGGCUCUCGAGAUGCUCACACGACUCCGACUCGCCGAUAACGAGGCUCCUGGUGCUCCGCCGAGCGCAGCCCCUCCAAAAAUAGUCGGGACAGCCGAGUUUCUGGAAUCGCCAGCAUAGAGAUCUAGCGGCAUCCAUUCAAGGCCCUCCAGUUCUUCAUCGCCACGGCAGCAUCCGCCACCGCACAUUGAUGACGGGUACCCGGACAACAACGUCCUGAAUACAUAUGACUUGAAAUGCGUGUCGUG